AUGUCUUUGCAUACUCAUAAUGAUGCGCUCAUGUGCAAGGUAUUUCCCUUGAGUUUGGGACUGACUGCAUUAAGAUGGUUUAAUGGGUUACGGAAAGGAUCCCUACGAAGUUUCUCCAAGCUUAUUCAAGAGUUCGGAUUCCGGUUUGUGACGUGCAGCCGAGUACCUCAGCCUGUAGACAUGCUCCUGUCAAUGAAAAUGAGGGUGGGAGAGACCUUCCAUAGUUACGCCAACCGGUAUUGGGAGCUAUACAACGAGAUCGGCGAGGAUAACGAAAGGGUGGCGGCAAGCACAUUUAGAAUGGGGUUGCCCGAGGAUUCUGGGCUACUAGAGUCAUUGACCAAAAAGCCGCCCGAAGUCAUGCGGCAGCUUAUGAGACGCAUCGAGAAACACAAACGAUUAGAAGAUGACCGGCUACAGAGCAAAGGUAAAGCGUCGAUGAUGACUCGUCCUCGGCAAGCAAGUUUCCCGUUCAGGCCUCGUAGGGAUCCGGUAAUUCAAGAACCGGCCACACAAAUGGGAGAAGUGAACGUGACGUUUAAGGAACCGAUACACAAGAUUCUUGACCGGAUCAAACAUGAGUCGUAUUUUCGAUGGCCGAACAAGAUGGGCGGGGAUCCAUCCAGAAGGAAUCAAAGUCUAUACUGCACUUAUCACCGAGAUAGGGGUCACACCACUGAACAAUGCCGAGUAUUAAAAGACCACCUCGAGCAGCUAGUCAAGGCCGGGCACUUAAAGGAUUUUGUGAUAGACUCGAGGGAUAGAGUCGUAGGGCAAGAUAUCCGGCAAAGGGGAAACCCUUUCCCACCCCCUGUGGGGGAUAAUUGA